AUGGCAGAAAUACCAGCAGGGCAACCCAAUGCUCAAUACAAAGGCACCGGGAACCUCUUCAGCCAAUUCCCAACUGCCGCAAGCUCAUCUAAGCAACCUGGAGACGAUGACUCGAAAGCCCCAUUACCAAAAGGCGUUGUCCUAGAUAAGGACGGCAAACCCUGCCGCACCUGCACAUCCGUCGCAUCCUGGAAAGCCCUAACAAAACAAGCCAAAGCGGAGACCCCAGGCAGCGCAAGCAAAACAGCGACAUCAACUGCCGCCAUAGCAGCAUCCGCAACGCCGUCAUCAAGCGAAACACCCGCAGAAUGCCCCCCAGACGUCGAACAACUCGGCCGCUCAACAUGGACACUGCUGCAUUCGAUGGCAGCCACGUACCCCGAGAAAGCCAACACAGAGCACCAAGAGAAUAUGCGCGGAUUUCUGAAGUUUUUCUCGAAGCUCUACCCGUGCUGGGUGUGCGCGGAUGAUUUCCAAACUUGGAUGGCGCAUCCCAGUGGAAGGAAUCAGCCCAAGCUGGAGAGUCGGAAGGAGUUUGGGUGGUGGAUGUGUGAAGCUCAUAAUGAGGUGAAUCGGAAGCUCGGGAAGAAGGAGUUUGAUUGUCGGUUUUGGGAGGAGAGGUGGCGGACUGGGUGGAAGGAUGGGAGGUGUGAUUAG